AUGCCCAACCUCUACUUCCUCGACCUCGGCUAUAACCACCUCACGGGCACGAUACCGCCUCAGCUCCUCAGGAAGGGCUCAUACCUCUACCUCUCCCACAACAAGCUCACCGGCGGCGUCCCGGCCGAGUUCGCCGCUGUGAAUUUCUGGACCAUCGACCUGUCGUAUAACGGGUUCCAGGGCGAAGCCUCGUUCCUGUUGGGCGCGAACAAGCCGCUGCUGAACCUGGACCUGUCGCACAAUGCGUUCAGCUUCAACCUCUCCGCCGUGCAGCUGCCCGAGGGCCUCAACAGCUUGGAGCUGAGCCACAACGAGAUCUACGGCGAAAUCCCGGAAAUGGUGGUCGACAUGAUGCUGAAUUAUUUGAACGUGAGUUACAAUCGCCUCGGCGGCGUGGUGCCCGCCGGUGGCAACAUGGCCUGGUUUGACCAGUCCUGCUUCCAGCACAACAAGGGGCUGUGUGGAAGUCCGCUUCCGCCCUGCAAGCAGUGA